AAAGAAACACAAACACACACCGCCAUUAUUGCUCUUCCUCCUUCUCCUUCUUACUUCCCCCAAAUUCCCCUCAGUUCAACGAAUUCCAAUCCUAAUUCCACAUAUUAGCUCUCUCUAACUCUCUCCAUUGAGUUUUGCAGACUCAAUUUUGGCCGCGGAGGAGCUCGAGCCGUUGCUGUAAGUAUGAGAUCGAAUGUGGCGAAUCUGUGGCGGACAAUCUACCCCGUGAAGGUCGACCACUUCGAUCGGCUGCCGGACGAGAUCAUCCUCUCGAUCUUCAAUCGAAUCGGAGACGCCACAGCGCUGGGGCGAUGCUGCGCCGUUUCGAGGCGGUUCCACUCGAUCGUUCCUCAAGUGGAUGACAUCGUUAUCCACGUCGGCUCCGUAACCUCAGAGGAGAAAGAGCGUGAGCUUGCUUCGUCGCCGCCGCGCCACCCGAUCGCCUCCUUCUUCCGCAUUCUCUUCUCAGGUCUCUUCAAUCCCCUGCUGUCGCUGGCUCAGUUCAUCAUCCCCUCGGCACGCCUCCUUCCACUUUUGAAGGAGGAGGAGGAUGAUGAUGAUGAUGAUGAGACGGUCAGCCUCUGCUCUUUGAAGAAGAUUUUGAAGAAUUUCAACGAAAUCAAGCGGCUGUGGAUCGAGCUCCGCGCAGGGGAGGUCACGAUCAACGACGGCAUUUUGCUGAAAUUGAAGGCGGAAUACAGCUCCACGCUCAAAAGCUGCGUGAUUCUCGCCGCUUCAAGCGUCACAAACAGAAGCUGCAGCUGCGAUGAUGGUGACGACGAUGACGACGGAGCGGAUCUCGAUAGCUUACACGAGUCAUUCUACAGCGACGAAGGCUUGGAGCAGCGCGUUGUAUGGAUCGCUAACUCGCUAAUCGCAACCUCAACCAGGCACUACCUCCUGCAGCCGUUGAUCGCGGAGCACAAAACGCUGGAGGCUCUGGUUCUAACCGAUGCGGAUGGGCAGGGGCUUCUGUCAAUGGACAAGGAGCAGCUGGAGGAGCUGAGGGCGAGGCCUUUUACUGUGCCGUCGUCGUCGACGAGGAUUGUUGUUCCGUCUCUGGAGGUGCAGCUGUGGUACGCUCCUCGUCUCGAGAUGCCUGACGGGGUGGUGCUGAAAGGCGCCACUCUGAUUGCGAUCAGGCCGAGGGAGGGGGCGAUGCCGGUGGGGCCGUUGUCGAGCUGGGCAGAAGAGGAGGGGAAUUGGAUUGUAUCGGCGUUUGAGGGGCCGUAUGGGGCUGCUGCAAGGAUGUUGGUGAAGGAGAGGAGGAUAUACGGCCUUGAUAUAAAUGCUUUCUGAAGAAGGGGCAUUGUUGAGGAUGAAGUCAGUCUGUUUUCUGUUGCUUUUUCCAUUCCAAUAGUUUUUUGUUUUUGUUAGUUUAUUCUUGUAUUUGUAUGCCAUUUUCUUGAUUACUAACUUCUCA